AUGGCAGAGUUGACCCCAGUAGCGGCCCCACCCAGCCCGGUCAAGGCGGAUGCGAACGCUGUUGUGGAGGAUGCGAAGGUCUACGGCACAGAGAAGGCCACUGUAAAGUCCGAGAAGGCUGAGCAAACUGAGGAGAGGGAGCCCAGCUCCCUUAUCCUCUUUUGGCUUUGCUGCGUCAGCGCUCUGGAGGGCUUGGACACUCAGCUCGUUCCGGCAUGCCAGUUUGCCUUGCAGCGAGACCUUGGCCUCAGUCUUGGGCACUUUGCCAUCCUGACCACAGUGCAGAUGGUGCUCACGAACCUGGCCGCACCCUUCUGGGGGAUCCUUGCCGACCGAGGUACUAUGAAGAAGAAGCACAUCCUUUUCGUCGGCGCUCUUGGCGAGGGCCUCGCGGUUGCCAUCUUUGCCUUCGUCCCAAACUUCUUCGUCAUGGUGCUCCUGCGCGGCAUGAGUGGCUUCUUCCUAGCCUCCCUGCGGCCCGUAUGCAAUGGUCUUAUUGCCGACCUGACCUCGGACAACCGCCGCGGCAAGAUCUUCGGGCGUGUGCAAAGCGCACUGCUCUUCGGCAUGUUCUGCUCGCUGCUGAUCGCAGGCAACGUGGCUAACCCCAAGGUAGGUGACAUCCCUGGCUGGCGCUUCCUCUUCGCGGGUGCAGGCCUCGUGGCCUUCUGCGUGGCGGCUGGGGUCGCUGGCUUCCUUGUGGAGCCGCCCCACCAGUUGGAUGCCGCCGCCGAGAAGAAGGGCUGCGCGGCUGUGCGCACAGAGCUCUGCACGGUCCUGAACUUCCUUUGCAUCCCGACCUUCUGCGUGAUGAUCAUGCAGGGCGUUUUCGGCACCAUCCCGUGGAGCGUCAUGGGAAACAAUCUGCUCUACUUCAAGCUGUGUGGCUUGGAGGACUGGGAGGCUAGCAUCCUAGCCUCUGAGGGCACCGUCAUGGGCAUGUUCGGCAACAUCAUCGGAGGCAUGGUUGCCGAUGCCCUGGCCCGACGCUUCGGCUAUCAUGGCCGGCCCCUUAGCGCCCAGAUCACCGUGGCCAUCGGCAUUCCGCUAGUCUUCCUGCAGUUCUACGGCAUCCCGGCGGGGUCGGGAAGCUUCGGCACAUACUUUGCCCUCAUCGCUGGCUUUGGCAUCUUGGGAUCCUGGGCCCAGUCCGGAACCAACUUCCCGAUUCUCUCCGACAUCGUGCCAGCCAGCGAUCGCAGCAAGGUUAUGGCUUGGGAGUGUGCCAUGGAGAACUCGCUGGCGAAUGCUAUCGGGCCUGCCAUGGUUUCCAUGUUGGCCACCAGCGUCUUUGGCUAUACAUUCGGUGAGGAGGAGAAGAGCGGAAAAUCGCUUCACUCUGCGACGGCUCUUGGGAGUGCGAUGGCGGCCACCAUCUGCAUUCCUUGGCUGAUCACUCUGGCGGCCUACACCCUGCUCCACUGGAGCUAUCCUCGAGACAUGCGCCGCCUCCUUGCCAAGCAGCAGGCGGCAACUGCGGGUGAGGUGUCAUUGUAG